AUGCUCAUGCGUCGCUUGACCGGCAAAGCCAAUGUACCCGACACUACAGGCCCAACCGUCACAGUUCGAAAGCCCGAAUUCCUUUCUACUCGAGAUAACACAAAACUUCGUGCAACAUGGCUUGGACACGCCUGCUAUUAUAUUGAGUUUCCUGGUGGUCUUCGGGUUCUUUUCGAUCCCGUAUUGGACAAGCACUGCGGUCCUUACGGUCUGCUGGGACCGAAGCGAUACACGCCCGCUCCCUGUGAGAUCAAAGAUAUCCCUUUGAUCGAUGCUGUGGUCAUUUCGCAUAAUCAUUAUGAUCAUCUCUCCCACCCUGGUGUGACUGAAAUCGCCAAGUUACACCCCAACUGUCAUUUCUUCGUUCCGUUGGGUAAUAAGGCCUGGUUCCAUAGUUGCGGAAUCGAGAAGGUGACGGAAAUGGAUUGGUGGGAUGAGCGCGACAUCACUCUGUCCCCAUCAAAUGAUGAGAAUGCCCAAAUGGAGGUUACGGGAAAAGCUACAAUUGGACCGGCGGAGAUCAGGGCUCGGCUUGGGUUCUUGCCCUCCCAGCAUGUUACCGCUCGCACACCCUUUGACCGCUUUAAGACUCUAUGGGGCUCUUGGUCUAUUGAGUCUGGAGGUAGCAAGGUGUAUUUCACAGGCGACACUGGUUACAAAGCAGUCCCUGAGCUUCCCGAAGGCGAAGAUGACCAUGACGCCAAGUACGACUAUCCUAUCUGUCCCGCAUUCAAACAAGUGGGCGAAUUCCGAGGUCCCUUUGACCUGGGCUUGAUUCCUAUCGGAGCAUAUGCCCCUCGUCACAUCUGGAGCCCGGCACAUGUGGAUCCCCAUGAUGCCGUUAAUAUUUUCCAGGAUACCAAGUGCAAAAACGCACUUGGAAUGCACUGGGGAACGUGGGUUCUUACUGAGGAGGAUGUUCUUGAGCCUCCGGAGAAGCUGAAGACCGCACUGAAGAAAUUCGACAUACCUGAAAAGGGUGUUUUUGACGUGUGUGAGAUUGGUGAGAGCCGGGAAUACUGA